AUGUACUAUAUGGUUUGCAUAUAUAUAUAGCGCAUAUCGCAGCUAGCUAGCUAGCUGUCCUACGAAAAAAAAAAUCGCCGGUAAAUGCGCCAUUUUCUUCCGGGAAUUCACCGUGAAGAGAUCCAUUCAUUCGUAGUGCGACUGAUCUCCGACAAUUACGGAGCGGGCAAUGUCGGAUUUGUGUAGCAGAUGUUCCUUUAUUAAUUCCACAUUUGGUGACGUAGCUGCUGGCUGAAAAUUGAAACUUGAAAGGCCAUGAUGGCGGGACACGCCGGCGUGUUCGAUUUGGAGUUGUGUGAACAUGAUGAGAAGGGCAACGAGCUCCUGAGUGAUGAUAGCGAUGACAUGAACGAAGAGGGUGCGGAGGGUGACAGCUACCUUACUGUUGGGUCUGAAGGAGCUUAUGAGUCAAUUGAAGUUGAAGAGGUAUCUCUUUCAGAGGAGACUGUGAAUCCAGGAAGAGAGAAAGUUGGACCAGAAGAUUUCCAGCUUCUUAAAGUACUAGGGAAGGGAGGCUACGGCAAGGUUUUCCAGGUUCGGAAAACAACGGGUAAAGACUCAGGGAAAAUAUUUGCAAUGAAAGUUUUAAAGAAGGCAAAGAUCGUGAGGAAUCAGAAGGAUACGGCUCACACCAAGGCUGAGCGUAACAUUCUUGAGGCUGUGCAACAUCCAUUUAUUGUUAACCUUCACUAUGCCUUCCAGACGGGCGGGAAGUUGUACCUCAUCCUAGCCUAUCUCAGUGGAGGAGAAUUAUUUAUGCAUCUAGAGAGAGAAGGAAUAUUUAUGGAAGAUACAGCAUGUUUUUAUCUAUCAGAGAUAGUUUUAGCCUUAGAGCAUCUACACAAACUAGGUAUCAUCUACAGAGAUUUAAAACCAGAGAAUAUUAUGCUUAAUAAACAAGGUCAUGUUGUGUUAACAGACUUUGGUCUGUGUAAGGAAUCUUUAGAAGAAGGGUCUAUGACACAUACCUUUUGUGGCACAAUAGAAUAUAUGGCUCCUGAGAUUGUAAGUCGGAGUGGACAUGGUAAAGACGUUGACUGGUGGAGUCUAGGUGCACUUAUGUAUGACAUGCUCACUGGAGGACCUCCAUUCACAGCAGAGAACAGAAAGAAAACUAUUGAGAAAAUUCUAAAAGGAAAGCUCAAUCUACCUCCUUACCUCACACAUGAAGCCAGAGAUCUAGUUAGAAAGUUACUGAAGAGGCAUGUCUCAUCAAGGCUAGGCAGCGGUGUAGACGAUGCAACCAGGAUAAAAAAACAUGCUUUCUUCAGAAAUGUCAAAUGGGAUGAUAUCAUAGCGAGGAAGGCAGAACCCCCUAUUACUCCUGCUGUGGUAAAUGAGGAAGAUGUGAGUCAGUUUGAUUCCAAGUUUACCAAGCAGACUCCAGUAGAUAGUCCUGAUGAUUCUAUGCUUAGUGAAAGUGCCAAUCAGAUCUUCCUAGGUUUUACCUAUGUAGCGCCCUCUGUGUUGGAGAGCAUGCAUCAGAAAGUCCAUCAUUUCACCAAAGUGCGGUCACCUCGUAAGAUUCCUGGGAGCAUAAGUCCUAGGUCUGCAAUCAGUCCUGCCAAGACACCUCAGACUCAGUUUGCCUUUGAUGAAGAUCUGUUGUCCAAGCCUUCUUCCAGCCACACUGCUUCUGCUUCAGCUCAUCACAUCCAACCGAUAGAGGAAGCCAUGGACACCAGCGACGCUUCUAACACUACUGCAUCGGCAACAUCAGGAUAUAGAUGAAGAGGAGUUGGGUAGAUAGUGAAAUUAGAUAUAUCACGAUUAGAUAGAUCAAUGAAAUGAACUUUGAUCAAGGUUUGGAUUGUGCCUCUUGGAUGUUGAUCACUCAUGCAGUCCUACGGUCAGUUGCCACUUGGGCUACACGCAUCGUGUCUACUUCUAUUUGGUCUCAUCCUACGUAGACUAAUACUGGCUUGUCUACAUAAAGUUCUUUUCAUAACCAUUUAACCUAAUUGCCACUUAGCCCAUCUAUCAGUUUAUCCAGUUUCCAGUGAAACUAUACAAAUUUUGUCUAAUAUCCACUUGGUCUAACACCACUUAAUCAAUAAUGAUUAGAUGAGCUGUUAAUGAAACAAAUAUUUGUAUUAUUAAGUAUGAAAAAUUGAAUAGAUGAAGUGGAAAUAAGACAACCUGGGUCUAUGCCCAAGUAAAUAUUAAAAUAAGUGAUGAUUGGACCAAGUGGCAAUUGGAUCAGAUUAAUACUAGACCAAGUGGGUUGCAACAUGACGGCAUUAGACUGUCUGAUAAUGAGGCCAUCUGAUAAUAGACAUAGUGAUUACGAAGAGAAUGCUACAAUAGCGUCAGCAUAAAUUGGGCAUCCCUGCUUAUCAAAAUGUUUUCUGCCAUAGGAAAUACACUUUUGUGUGCCAAUAGGUUAAUUCUGGAUGAAUUUCCUCCUGUUUGUAUUAAUCCUAAGUGGCAUCCCUUAGAGUGAAGUGAUCACCAACCGUUCGCCAGUUGAUUUCUGCAUUCUGUAAUUCCUGUAGACUUAGGGAUUACCUGGUUCUUGGAAGCCACAGAAAAAUUUCCCAUCCUCAUAAAUGGGAGCUGCCCAUGUACAAGAAGUUAUUGAAUACGCAAGUGAUAACAAUGAUUAGAACAUCCUGGUGAGGACUGACUGUAGGAUGAUUUCAAUUCAAAGACAAUCUAUAAGCCUCUCCAUAAAACAGUGCCAGAAGUUGAACCUCACUGAUUAUGUUGAUGAUGGUUACAAUGAUGGAGACUUUGAAACAACUGUUGAUGCGUGUCCAUUCAUUUGAUAUCUUAUAUUUUAUAUCUCUUGAUAAAAUCUUUCUCUUAAUAAAAGUAUGUUCCUAGAUAUCAAGUAUUUGGCGGUGUACUUGAAACCUAUAUACACCAAAGUUACGUCUCGGUCAACAUCAGACAUAUUACCCAGUUACAGGAGCUGUUGUGAUACAUAGAUUGUCAAUUCAGAGUUGGUCUUGCAAUAUAUUUUAAGUAUUUAAGAUGUCAUCAAGUACGAUAAUUCAUGCCUUGUUGGAUAGUUUUGAGAUUGGGGUGCAAUUACUGAGGGAGAUUCAAGAAAUAACACUAAAUCAUACUGUUGAGAAAAGGUGAAAUGAAAGGAGGAAAAAUAUUUUACUGUUGUAUGCUCUUUAUAAAGUCUGCACUAUUCAUAACCUUCUCAAUGUAUGAUUGGUAUGCUAUUUUCAUUUCUUUUUUAAUUAAUUAUAGAAUAUGAAAAAUUGUUGUUAUAUGCCCAAACAAUUAAGCUUGCAAUGAAGGCAAGCGCAAUGUCUGAGCAAGCUAAUCUUCUUCAAUUGAUGUGAUAUCACUAUUGAGCAUUGUCUGAGGCCUUGAUGAAGAACAUCUCAUUUUGAAUAGCAAAAAAAAUCUUCGUUAUUUAGCAAAGUAGGUUGUGAAACCUGUAGUUAAUUGUAUUGCUAAGCUUUGUGUUACAGGAUCAGAUAAUUGCAAUGCCUCUGCAACGAAUGCUCCCGUAAAGAGCUCGUACGUGACUGCUUCUCUUCAAUGCAUUAACCCAUAUCAAUCAAAUACUUUGAAGUCUCCUCUUCAUUGUUUUAUUUCUGUGUGCUUUUUUUAAUCCAUUGGUUUGAAUUUUGUCAACGGUUAUAUUGAAAAAGUGUAGUGGUUUCAUGGUACACCAUGUAACCACUACAAUUUUUCUUCUUUGCCAUGGAAACCUUCAGAGAUUAUAUUCAAGUGAACAAUCACAGUUUAUCUAAGGCAUAGUCUGAACAUUUGUGUUCCGUCAAUUUUUUUUAUGUCUUAAAGAAAUAUCUAAGUCUUUCAGAGUGCGAAAGUAAAAGACUGAAGAAAGUGCAUUUCAUUAAUUGUUCUGCAAAUGUAACAGCAUUUUUAUGGUUUUAUGGCAUGUAUGAAUGAAUGUCAAUUAGAUUUUAUGGUAAUCUUUGCCUCCUUUGCUUUGAUAUGACUAACACGACCCUUGACAAAAUGUAGCAAUAUUGAUGAUUAAUAUGAAUAUUGCUCUGCCUUUUGUACAGGAGAGAUGCAUAGUCUGCAUCGUAAUGAAGCAUCCUAGUUGAAGCCUGUUCAUGUACUCCCCGGGCAAAAUACCAUGAUAUUGCGGUAUUUGGAGGCGUAUAUGGACAGGGGUUUCGGAAAGUUCUUACUGAUGUGUGUUGAUGAUAUUUAUAUUUGUAGAGCAUGGACACUAUAGAUUACUUUAAUAUUGCGAUAUGGGUUUAAAGGGUAGUUAAAUAGAUUUAUGCUUCCUAAUGUACACAUCUGGGGGGUGUUUCACAAAGAUUUAAGCAUGACUUAGUGUCGCACUUAAAUGUCUAUUUGCGUGCGGUAUAAAAGGCAUGACCGCAUUGGUCAGAUAAUGCGAAGAGAACACGCACUACUGCGUAUUGAUCAAUAAGAUUGCGCGUUGCAUAUCUUGUACGUGUCAGCAUUUAAGUGCGACUUGAGUCAUACUUAAAUCUUUGUGAAACACCCCCCUGGUUGUAUGAAUUUGAAAGAGAGACAUGACACAUCAUGUUAAGUGCAGUGAAAAUGAAGCAAAUUAUGGUGGGUGUUUCAUAAAGCUAUUUGUAAAUUACGAGCAACUGGUUACCAUUGAAUCAACACAAAUAAAAAUCUGGGGCUCCGUUUCAUGAAACCUGUGACAAUAAAAAAGUUGCAAUAACAGUUAAAGGCUACUAAAAUCCUCUGAUCUGAUUGGCUGAUAGAAAGUUUGUUAUAGAAACUGAAAGGGUCACCAGUCAUUCGUAAAGUUGCUCACAAUACAAGAACAGCUUUAUGAAACACCCACCUGGUUGCCCUGCCAAACAAAUACUGAUAUUGUAUUUUUAGCAGUGGAUUGAUUGUGGAGAGAAAUUAUUUUAUCUUAAUGCUCAACAUGAAACAUAUUUUUAUAAUACUUUGUACACCCCCACCACUCCUACCACCCUUCUUUCUAUUAUAUUCUUUGUUACCCCUGAUAUGUAAUACUCUUUCCCCUCUCUUUCUCGUCUCUCUCCUUUCCAUGUGGGGGCGUUGUGGUCUAGUGGUUACGACCCUCGUCUUUCAAUCUGAAGGACGUGGGUUCGAUUCCAAGCCAAGACGUGUUCUCCUUCAGCAAGAAAUUUACCCACAUUGUGCUGCACUCAACUCGGGUGAGGUAAAUGGGUAACGGCAGGUAGUAAUUCCUCAAAAAGCUUAGCUGGGGUAAUAUAGGAGUGCCUUGAGCACCUAUCAAGGUGGAUAAGUGCACUAUACAAAUCCUAUAUUAUUUAUUUAUUUUCUUUUCCUUUGAAUAAUGGUUGUUUCAUCUUCAUCUUUAAAUUGUUGGGUUUUUUUCUGUCUCUAUCGUCUUUUCCAAAUAUUUAUCUCUCAUGGACUAUUUUCAAGCUGUAGUAUCUUCGAAGGUAGUGUCGAGCAUCUUCAUACAGUGCUGCGACAUUAAGCAGAUCUGAAAUUAGUAGCUAGUAAUUUUCAAGCAUGUACUCAAUAUUGCCCAAAUUGUAGCAUGACAUUGACAUGAAUAAUGUAAAUCUAUGCAUAACUUUCAUAAAUAUAUUAAAACUAAGUUAUAUAUAAA